AAACAAGCAAAAGCAAUGUCGCCGUCGUCGUCUGAGCCAACCCCGCCGUCUUCUUCUCCUUCUUCUCCAAUCAAACGGAGGAGGAGGACCUUAUGGCCCUCCAUUUCUCUCCUCUCCGCUCUCGCGCCUCUACUCUCCGCCGCCGUCUUCUACCAACUCUUCUCCUUCGACCCAGCUCCUCUCCCCACCCACGAGCGAGCUCGCCGGCCCAUCUUCGUGCCUAGCCAAAACCCCCGUAUGCUUCGCGGCGUAGAGUUGAUCGGGGCUGGGCAUUUGCCGGGACCGGAAGACCUCGCUUACGACCCCAAAUCGGGACUCUUGUAUACUGGUUGUGUAGAUGGGUGGAUCAAGCGAGUCACGGUGAACGAGUCGGCGGCGGACACGGUGGUGGAGAACUGGGUCAACACCGGCGGCCGACCUCUGGGACUCGCUCUUGGACACCAAAAUGAAGUCGUCGUCGCCGAUGCUGUUAAGGGGCUGCUGAAAGUAGGAGCAGAUGGUGAAAUUGAGCUGCUCACGGAUGAGGCAGAGGGAGUGAAGUUCAAGCUAACAGAUGGCGUGGACAUUGCGGAGAAUGGAAUCGUAUAUUUCACAGAUGCAUCGCACAAGUACGGAACAAAGGAGUCCAUUUGGGACUUUCUGGAGGGCAGACCACACGGCCGACUCCUCGCCUAUGAUCCGUCGACUCAGAAAACCGAAUUGCUGCUCUCCGACCUCUACUUCCCCAAUGGAGUUGCAGUCUCCCCAGAUCAACUCUCCGUCGUCUUCUGCGAAACCCCGAUGUGGAGGUGCAGGAGAUACUUCAUACAAGGCGAGAGAAAGGGAUCUGUUGAUAGCUUCGUUGAGAAUUUGCCCGGAAUGCCAGACAACAUACAUUAUGAUGGAGGAGGAGCACAUUACUGGAUUGCAAUAGUAUGGGGUACUUCAUUUUAUUGGGAUAUGGCACAGAAGUACCCCUUUAUCCGAAAGUGUCUGGCGAUGGUGGUGAAGUACAUGGGGCGACUAAAAAUGGAGAAGAAUGGUGGGAUUCUGGCUGUUGACCUGCAAGGAAAACCCGUAGCUUUCUACUUCGACCCAAAAUUGGCCAUGGUUACCAGUGGGAUAAAGAUUGCAGAUCAACUGUAUGGCGGUUCUGUGACACAUCAAUACAUCAUGCGCCUCAACCUGACCCGACAUCCCGCUAUCUCCAUUGCUUAAAAGGAAGGAUAAUAAUGCUGUUCGGUCUGAAUUCCAGGCCGAGUGAGUGUGUGUGUAAGGGACCAAAUGAGGUGCAAUUUCGGACUGAUCAGCGCGGUCCUUCAAAGAACUAUUUACCCGAGUACUAGCUUGAAGGGUUGAGGGUUGUACUUGUACUAUUGUACUUGUUCCUGUAAAAGUAUUUGAAUGUAAACUUGUAUGGAGAAACAAAGAGUGCCUUUUGUAGCAUAAUAUUAUUAGAGAUUGUUGAUGGCAGAAAAUGUCACCAAAAUGAGACA